GAAGUCCGUUUCCCCGCCUAAAAAUGCUGGGUUCUCAAGGUGAUAGAGCCGCUGCAAGACUUAACCUCCUUCUUCCUCAUCUCCAAAGCGGGCGUAAUAUGGCGACUCAGACUACAGACUUCCAUCAACAACCUCACAAGUUACUUUUAAUCCCUGGACCUAUUGAGGUCACUGACGAUGUUCUUUUCGCAAAUGCACACCCUUCCAUGUCGCAUGUUGCGCCCGAAUUCAUCCCUGUUUUCGGCGAUUGCAUUAGGAUGACACGCAAGGUGCUCCUUACAUCGGACGGCCAGCCUUUCUUGAUAGCAGGAAGUGGUACAUUGGGUUGGGAUCAAGUCGCGUCAAACCUCGUUGAACCCGGAGAGCAUGCUCUGGUCCUUAACAGCGGGUACUUUGGUGAUAGCUUUGCCGACUGUCUAACUGUUUACGGUGCCAACGUCGAUCAAAUCAAAGCUCAAGUCGGCGAUGCCGUAGCAGUAUCUGAUAUCGAGAAGGCUCUGAAGACUAAGAAGUAUAAAGUGGUGACAGUCACCACCCACUUCGACUGGCGUUGUAUCGGAUAUCAAGGCAGUGGCUUCACUCGUCAGACGGCUUUCGCCUGA